UUCUUACGGUGAACCGCCUGCAUAUUAUGUAUUUACGACUAAUAUUAAUUAUUAUUGUUUUUCAAAAUUAUAUUCUGUCUACCGUAAUGUAAUAUCAAUAAAAUUAUUUUUUCUGUACCAUCAUAAUUUUUUUCGAUCAUUCAUCCUAGACCACGGUUUUCAUUCUGACCUAGUCGUUUAAAUUGUUAUCAGAAAUUAUUAUAGCCUACACAGUAUUAUAGCCUACACUCUGAAGUUUACAGUACAAUAUUACUUGAUUAUCAAAACCAGCGUUGAAAUUAAUUGUUGUUGUUUUGACUCGUUGCUAUAACCGACAGCUGUUAUAAAGGAGUGAACAAUUAUGGAAUUAAACAAAUUUGACUUUGAAAAAUGUCCGUGGGACCAAAACACAUUUUCUGGCCGAUGGAAUUACUAUUUUUGGAUUACUAACCCUAUGUUAUGCUUGAAAACAGAUAAAGAACUAGAAGAAGCCAAAGCUUUGCGCUUCUCAUACUUAAGUGGAACUGUUCCAACCGGUACCACUGAUGAACAACUAUUAGCAGCUAAACGUAUUUACGAGAGUUCAUUUCAUCCAGAUACUGCCCAAAAACAAAAUGUAUUUGGUCGUAUGGGUUUUCAAGUGCCUGGCGGAAUGGCAAUUACCGGAGCAAUGUUGUCUUUCUACAAAACUGUGCCGGCUAUAGUUUUUUGGCAAUGGAUUAAUCAGUCAUUCAAUGCGUUGGUAAAUUACACUAAUCGCAACGCUAACUCUCCUCUUAGUCAAAAUCAAAUGGGAGUAGCUUAUGUUUCGGCUACAGUAGCCGCUUGCAUUACUUCUAUUCAAUUCAAACAAUAUUUAACACGAAAUACCACACCAUUUUUUCAGAGAUACGUUCCAUUCGCCGCAGUGGCAGCAGCAAAUUUUGUCAACAUACCAUUAAUGCGUCAAAACGAGUUGCUUACAGGAGUAGAUGUUUUCGAUGCUGAUAAAAACAGAGUCGGUUGUUCCAAAUUGGCUGCCGCCAAAGGGAUUUCGCAAGUGAUUUUAUCUAGGAUUGUUAUGUGUGCCCCAGGAAUGGUGUUGCUUCCUGUAAUCAUGGAAAAACUCGAAUCCAAAAGUGCAUGGUUUAAGCGGAGUACAUGGAUACACGCUCCUUUCCAGACACUCGCCGUUGGAUGUUUUCUCGUUGGAAUGGUUCCUACUGCCUGUGCACUUUUUCCUCAGUUCUGCCCCAUAAAAUUAAGUACAUUGGAAAAGUAUGAAAAUGCUGCUUACUGUGACAUAGUAAACAAUUGCAAGAACCCACCGGCUGUCGUGUAUUCGAAUAAAGGACUAUAAGUAUUGCAUCAUGGCUAGUCUUUUUUAAAGUUACUAUUUUCACUAACAAUUAAUUUGUUUAAACACUGAAAAACUGAAAUAAUUACUGUGUAAACGUUUCAUUUCAAAUCUCAAUACCUAGUUAUGUUUUACAAGUAUUUGGUUACUGGCUUGAUUUUAUUUUUGUAUCCUUAAUUGUAUUGUUUUUAUUUUAUAUUUUUUCCAUUACAAAAUGUUGAAUAGGCUUUAAGGAGAUCGCAAUUUAAAUCAUUUUUUAACAUUUAACCUGGUCACAAUAUUUAUUGUACUUAUAAUUAUAAUUUUAGCACACUAUAUUCUUAUCAAGUGCUUCCAUUAGGUU